UUUAGCUGUUUAUUAGGAUUGUGGAUUCUAUUACAGUAUCGUAUACAUAUUAGGUCGGUUUCAUAAUUCUAUAUAUUGAGAUAAAGUAACAAAUAAAUUAUAAGAUUAAACAAACUCAUAACAAAAAAAAAUCAAUCAAAAAUAUGAUGAGAGUGGCGAAGAAGAAGCUGAAGAAGAGUAGUAAUGAUAAGUUUUUAUGGUGGAAAAAAAUUGAGAGAGACGUGUCUCGUGUUGGAGUUACGGCGGCAUUGGAUGUUAAGGCCGAAAAGAAGAGGCAAAGGGAGUGUCUGGCCGAGCUAGAGAAGGUAAAGAAGAGGAGAGCAGAGACCGCAGGGCGAAACGAGGAGUUGUUUUUACAAAGAGAACGAGCUAAGGCCGCUGUGGCUCAUCUUGACUAUGACUUGAGUGUCAAGAAAGAGGACGCGUUUGUUGUUGAACAGAGUCUUGUUAGGUACAGGAUUCGCUUUCGUCGAGGGGCUGCCAAGCCUAUUGACAUCCUCACCUUAGUAAAUCAUCAUGAGUUUAAUGUUGAUGAUUAUGAUCAACUUUUCAAAGGGUUAUCUCUUGGACAACUUGAAGAGCUUUAUUAUGAUAUUCAAGAGCUUCUUAACCAUCAUGUUAAGGGGGAGUUUUGGGAGGCGAUAUUAGUGAUUUGUGAGUGGAAGAUGCGUGAAGAGGCUACGAGAAAGGAUGACAACUUAUGUGUUGUUGGUGGUGUGCAUCCGAGUGUCGAAACGGAUGUGAGGGACUUCUUGCAAGGGAUUAGUACUUACAAAGAGCUGCUUGCACUACAAUCACAGAUCGAGUCAGAGAUGCGUUCUGGGAAGGCCAAUGUGGUUGAGUAUUGGGAGGCGGUGCUUAGACUGAUUCCCCUUUACAAGGCUAAGAUGUUUCUUAAGGACUACCAACACGAAAACUCGAAAGACUUCUCUCAAGAAACCAUGAGUACACCAGAGUUAGAGGACUCCUUCGACGAUGCAAUAAUAAUCGAUUCUGAUGAAGACAGUGUUUUUGUUGGAUGAAGGCGACGUUGUAGUUGAUUCCAAUGCUCCAAGAAAGCCUAAGUACACGGUCAAGGUUCAUACUGGUUACUCAUGGAACGUGUAUAAUAGGACACAUUAUGACCGAGAUAACCCUCCUCCCAAGACUGUACUAGGGUACAAGUUCAGUAUUUUCUACCCCCAUCUUGUUGACAAAACUAAGGCUCCUACGUGCUCAAUUCAGAGAGAUGGAGAUAGCACCGAAACAUGUGUAUUACGAUUCCAAGCUGGUCCUCCUUACCAAGAUAUAGCGUUUCGAAUUCCUAAUAUGGAGUGGGAGUAUUCGUCUAAAAAGGGCUAUAGAUGUACCUUUGAAAAGGGGUUACUGAGUGUUUUUUUCAACUUUAAGAGGUUUCAUUAUCGACGGUGAUAUUA